AUUUUCUCUAUAUAAACAUGUGAAAAUUCCCAACCACGUAAAACCCAGAACGCAGUUUACCAAAACUCAAAAGGCCAGUCCAAGUUGAAAUCUUGAACCACCACCAAUGGCAUCCACUAGAGUUCUAAGAAUGUCAAGUCCUUUAGGUCUAGGCUCGUCUCGUUUUUCAAAUUCUGCGUCUUCAUCAAUGGUGUCAAGGUCUAUGGCACAAAUGUGUUUAAGCAAAGCAGGAUUGCGUUCAAAAAAUAUGUCUACUGGUGGUGGUGAUAAGAAGAAGACGGCGGUGAAUGCCGGCGGCGGCUUAGCUUGUGUGGUGAUAUCAGAACCAAAGACGGAGAAAGGGCUGGAUUUGGCUGUGUUAAUAGCAAAUACUUCGAAUGUAAUUUUGCAGUGGUGGAUUAUGAUUACUAAACAAAGUCCAUGGAAAUUCGAUAUCCAGAUGUUCAUUGAAAACGCUAUAGUUGACUGCAGAUUCUUUACGUUGUUUGCAAUUGGAGGAUCUUUGCUUGGUUCGGUAUUGUGUUUUGUUGAGGGUUGUUUCUUGAUACUACAAUCAUAUUUACAAUAUUUUCGUGCGAUCUCACAUACGAUGCAGCAAGAACAUGUUGUACAGCUACUAAUCGAAGCUAUUGAUGUGUUCCUAGUAGGAACAGCAAUGCUUGUUUUCGGAAUGUCUUUAUACGUCAUGUUUGUCGGUAAAAACAAUCUCAAAGGCGAAGGAUCACAGCAUCUAAGACCGAGCUUGUUUGGCAAUUUCAAUGUAGAGACAAUUACAUCACGGGUGGGAAUACAGUCUGUUAUGCAAGCGAAGUCGAAAAUGGGGCAUGCUGUGAUAAUGAUACUUCUAGUGGAGGUUUUGGAGAAAUUCAAGAGUAUACCUGUGGUCAAUGGUUGGGAUCUUGCUUGUUUUGCUGCAGCUAUAUUUGUUUCUUCUGCUUCCAUAUUUCUUCUUUCCAGACUUGCAGUUAUUGGCACUGAUACCGGUAGGUAGUCGAGGAUUUUAUCAGAAAUUCGUUUCCAUAAAACAUCAAAGCAGUUUUGCAGCCAAUGCAUGAAGACAAGAGCCCUCCUGAAUUUGUUUAUUUUUUCAGCAACUUUAAUAAUCAAGCCAGAUAAAUACAGAAUAUCAUUGUUAUAGGCAUAUUCUUUUUGUUAUUUUUUUGGUUGCUUAUUUCCUAUGUUUGGAUUAGUGUUAUAAAAACUAAAGCUACAGACAGAUGAAUAUUACAUCCUUCGUAUAUAGAUUAUUCCA